UACAGGCAGCAGGCCGUCACAUCAUAUUAUUCAGACCCUUUGGAGCGCGCGUGACAUCUGCAAAUCAUGCGGUUCAUCGUCGAGAGCGGGAUGUCGUUCAACUGCACGAAGCUAAAAAACUUCAAACGCAUGUUCACGAUUAAAAUCCCGCCGGGGGUUCCGGGGGCGCCCGCGCCUAGACUUUCCUUCUACCACAUGCUGCGCACGACCCUUUUGGACGAGCUGGAUGAUGAGGUCCAGAAGUGUGUUCGACUGGUGCUUGAUACGUUGAAAGAGACCGGUUGCACAAUCAUGACCGAUGGUUGGACCAACAUCCGUGGUCAGACGUUGUACAACUACCAUGUUGGGACAGAGAUCGGGGUAGCGUAUGUGGCCACCGACGUCAUGCACGGCAAAAAGGACGCGAGUGCCCUCGCGAAUGCAUGGUUGAAAAGGGUGAAGUCCAUGGACAUUGAAUUGAGCGACAUCACAACGUUCGUGUUGGACUCCGCCGGGGUGAACGUCGCGGCGAUGGAGGUAUUCCAAAAAGAUGAGAACGUGAAACACAUCUUUUGGAUUCCUUGCGUCGCCCACAUCAUGGACCUCAUUCUCGAGGACAUCGGCGGGAUUGAUUGGGUGGCUUCCCGCAUUUCUCAAGCGAGGCUGGUUACAUGGUUCUUCAAGCCCCAUGGACAUGCGAGAGAGGUUCUUGAGGCGUACUCGAAGAAGACUCUUCAGCUACCGGCGGAGACGCGUUUCGGCACGAACGUCAUCAUGAUGACGAGGCUGGUAGAACUGUGGGCAGAGUUGACACAGGUUGUGGGCGACGAUCGCUGGCGUGAGACUGUUUGGUCGACCAGCAAGAUCCACAAGGACGCCGCGAAGGCCGUGGAGGACGAGGCGGUCAUGGACCAGCAGCUCGUCAUAGGCACCGGUGCGCUUGCGAAGGUGACCGAGGAGGACUUGAGCCUCGCCAGAGAGAGGAUGCUUGCCGUUUCCCGCAUGGGAGCCGAGCGUCGGGUGGCGGAGUCGGACACGAGGCAACGCAGGGCCGGAGGUCGGGGACGUGGCGGCCGUGGACGAGCAGGUGUGGGAGGACGGACACAUGGCGAUGUGGGUUCUGCUCCUCGGACUCGGCGACAAAGGACGGAUGGUUGCAUUCGCAGGGCCUGCAUGCAUUGGGACGAGGGUGACUUCUUGUUCGACAUCACAUCCCGCGACGAUGACGAUUUCUUUGCGUCGGGAACACAUGCAGCCACGGUCGUUGAUAGAGGUGACGCUGACGACAGAGGCGAUUAUAGAGGUGACGGUGACGCUAGAGGUGAUUCAGCAGGGCCCGGGGGCGGUGAUCAGGGGGGAGAUGGCAGAGGUGGUGAGGGGGGGGGUGAUGGUGGAGGGAGCGGGUGCCGUGGCGACAGGGUUGAGGAGCGUGUGGACGGCGAUGUUCUGCCCGGUGGUCGCAUCGUUUUGCAGCGGUUGAGACGUGGGGGUAGACAGGAUGAGAGUAUUACGUCUCGUGUGCGCAGACGUCGUGUCCACAUUGCAACCGACACGGGGGCAUGUAUCAUGCGGCAGGACCCGGUUGCCGUGUCAGAGGACAAGCUGGGAGAUCCUUCCAACGAGACGCGGCGUGACCCGGUUCACGUAGAGGCGCAAGCCUCGGUGACUGAUGCGAUGGUGACGGAGGAGGAUACUGGGUUCAGGAUCACUCAUCCCCGGUCGCUAGCGCCGGUUGUUGGCACUGAGGAGGAGACGGAGUUCGGAGGACCCGGUCCACUCCGCCAGGCGCAGACUUGGUGCACUCCAGCACGCGCCCCUGUCCACUCCGCAGGAGCGGGUUUGGAGGACGGCAAGGCACAACGUGAGCCGCCUCCUCACACGAGUAACGGCGGUGUAGAGGAUGGAGAGGUUGCACCUACUCCCACUUGUGGACAGGACGGGGAGGACGAACGUCCUCCGACGGGCCACCACGUCGGCCUCGACUGCCCACCCGACAGUCUUCCGUACACCGACGAGUUAUUGACCAUGGAUUUCGCCUUGGCAUUUCUGCCCGAUGUAUCACUAUUGAUAUCUCCCACUUUGGCGGUUGUGGCACCACCGGAGCCUGCUGGAUGAGAUGACGCGCGUCGUGACAGAGGGUUCGACGAGUUCGGCGGCGAUACGAUACUGCAUCCUCCAGAGUCCGGCACUCCCGCCAUUUUUUAUGUCGGUGGACCGUGGGCGGUGGAGCAAGGGUUGACGGAGGAGGUGGCACAGAACCGUCGUGGCGGACCGCCCGUCGCAGCGCAACGUAG